UCAGGAAAACGAAACAAACCGUCGGAGUUUCCCGAGAAUUGAGAAGCUCCGAAAGUCGGGACUCAGGCGAACAGCUGGUCCACCUCUGAGCCGGUUCAUCUCUCUUCUGCCUCCGAAAGCGACCAGUGGACCGAGCCGGACGAACCGAACCCGCAUGAACAGAAAUGGCUCACUCAAAGCCCCUGCUGAUCCCGUGGCUCAAGUCCAGCAUCGACAGUGAGAGGUAUCCGGGUGUCCAUUGGACCAACCCUGAGCAAACCGAGUUCUGCAUCCCAUGGAAACACGCGCUGAGACAGGACUCCUCCAAUGAGGACGUUCUCAUCUUUAAGGCCUGGGCGGAGGCGAGCGGGAGCGGCCGGGCUCAGGGAGACGCCUCGGUCUGGAAGAGGAACUUCCGCAGCGCCCUGAGAGCGAAGGGCUUCAAAAUGGUGUCCGACAACAAGAACGACGCCGCCAACCCACACAAGGUCUACCGCUGGCCGGAGGAGUCGGCGUCAGGAGCCCGAUCUUCCUCUGGAUCCCAGGAGCAAGAAGACGCCAAUGUUCUGAACGGCUAUAAUCCGCAGGGGAGUGGGGUCGUGCCAUUCUUUGACGGACCUGUUUUUAAUCCAGAGGACAUUCUGAUGCCAGAACGCCCCGACGGCCAGGAUAUCCUCCAGGAGUGCCUGAGAGGCCUGAAUAUCGGCCCUGGAGCAGAGGGCACCACAGGCUUUCAGCCUCCUACUGAGCAACAGCAGCUGCAGAAUCAGCUCCUGAUUGGUGCGCUCCCGUUGCCCGGGCAACAGCAGGAUCCAGUGAUGUUUGAGGGUGCAGCCCGUGAAGCGGGGUUGCCAGAGCAACCGGCAGGUCCAGCGGGGGGGGCGGCGGCGGAGGGGGCGGGCUACGGCGACGGGCAGCAGGCAGCGCAGUUCCUAGAAACGGUGAACCAGACCAGAGAUGGAGAUCAUUUCAAGACUCAUUUCAGGGUGGCUGUGUUCUACAGAGGGGUGAAGGUGUCUGAGCAGAAGGUUCCCAACGAGGCCGGACUCCGCUUAGUGUACAGGCCCGAUCUAAACGAUGCGGUUUUGGAUCACGAGACGGGCCUCUCCAUCGUCUCUCUGCCGCGUCCGGUCGGCAUCCUGGAUCAAACCCAAACCUGCCUGACCCAAAGGAUCCUGGACAACCUGGGGAGCCUGGAAGUGGGCAUGUCGCAGCACGUGAUCUACGGCCAGCGGCACGGCGAGGUCAAAGCCUUCUGGAGCUUCUCCAAGUUUGACAGCAGCAGACAGCCGAGGGAGAUUUCUAAACUGAAUCCUGAACGUCUUUACCCGGUGAAGGACUUCAUCCGAGGAUUAAUGGAGUUUUUUGACGGGAAGGAAUCCCCACCGUCCUCCAUGUUCUUCUGUCUCGGGGAAAAGUGGCCUGACCCGGAAAACAGGCCUUGGGAGAAAAAACUCAUCAUGGUGGAGGUGGUUCCCACUUCUAUGGAGCUUCUGAAGAACCUAGCUGUUGAGUGUGGCGCCUCCUCGCUGCGGUCUGUGGAACUGCAGAUGUCACUGGAGGAAAUGAUGGAUCUUUACUGAUGAGUUUUUUUUCCCUCUUUCAUCUCAGUUUAUUAUGUUUUCAUUCGACACCAAACAAAUCCUGCAGAAAUAAUCACCACAUUGUCCCACUGCAUUAGCUGAGAUGGCACAAAGACAUACACAAGGCUAUAAAUAUGUUUGUUUUUCUCCUUUAUCUUUAUU